UCAGGGAUCUGAAGCAGGUGAAUCAUUUUGUCUGAGGGGGUAAUCUCAUCUAGGUCACCUGCUGGAUCUUGCUCAGGCCUGAGAGAGCACAUUUCACCCCCUCCCUCCAGGUUCUGAAGGCAGGACCUUUGAUGCUAAAAUCAUCACUUGACUGGAGCCGAAAGCGAUGCGGGAGUGGUUCAGAAUCCAACUGUCUCCCUUCUCUUUAAAGGGAUAUCGGCAGAAGGACUAUUUCAUCGCAACCCAAGGACCUCUUCCGCACACAGUGGAAGACUUCUGGAGGAUGGUCUGGGAGUGGAAAUGCCACACAACUGUGAUGCUAACUGAGGUCCAAGAGAGGGAGCAGGAAAAAUGCUUUCAGUAUUGGCCAGCAGAUGGCUCUGUGACUCACGGAGAGAUCAAUAUUGAAAUAAAGAGCGACACCAUUUCUGAGGCCAUCAGUGUACGAGAUUUCUUGGUGACUUUUAAUCAGGAGAAGAGCAGGCUGGUCAGACAGUUUCACUUUCACGGCUGGCCUGAGAUUGGGAUCCCAGCCGAAGGGAAAGGCAUGAUCGACCUCAUUGCCGCUGUCCAGAAGCAGCAGCAGCAGACGGGCAACCACCCCAUCACCGUGCACUGCAGGUAAGGUUCCUGCUCUGCCAGGCUGCUCUGUGGGGCCGUUAAUUCUCCAGCUAUGGCGAGCAGCUGCCUGCUUUAAGCCCGUGUGGAAGGGGUAUUGAAGUUCAUCCAGCUUCAUGGACCUCUCAGUUUCCACCACUAUAAAAUGGGAGCCCUGCUUACACACUCUCUGUCAUGGGGCUCGCUAAGGGGAAAGCAUCUUAGAAAGCUUUGAAGCACAACAGAAAUGUGAGUUAUUAUCAGAUGCCAGCAAGGCGAUUGAAGGUUCUGACCCAUUAGGAGCUGACAGAGAGAACCAGAUGUGAGAUCAGAAAGCCUGGCUACAGUCCUUAUUCUAACACUACCUAUGUCACUUCCCCUCUCAAAAUGAGAGCUAAUAAUAGCUUACAUUGAUGUAGUGCUGUAAAGUUUGCAAAGCACUUUACAGCUGUCAUCUCAUUUUAUCCUCAC